CACCGCCCUGAAAGCAUGGCGGUCAACGUCCUGCGGCUGCACCACGUUGCUUUCCACGUUUUAAACGCGGAAAAGUUAAUCUGUGAUCUAGUUUCCAAGUACAAGUUUAAUUUGCACGCCAGUAGGGUAACAGAUCGGUGCAGGCAGGUCGCCUUCAGAAAGGGAUCGGCUGUAUUUGUUGUGCAUGAGGGAUCUGGCAGUGCGGAGACCAGUGACUGGCUGCUGGGGGAAGCCCUGCGGGUCAACGAGGGGAAGACGCACCGGCGGGGGAACGGCUCCCCGGCCGGGCUCUACGAUGCCAGCCCCCGGCACCCGGUGGACACCGUCAGCAACGUCUGCUUCGAGGUGGAAAACGUGGAAAGGUCGUUCAAGGUGCUCAGCGAGCUGGGCUGCGGGUUCCUGGUGCCGCCCACCACCGUGCAGGACGACCACGGGCUGGUCACCUACUCCGUGCUCAGAUCAAUAGUGGGGAACGUCUGUCACACUCUGAUCGAUAAGUCCAAGUAUGGGGGAGGAUUUUUACCCGGGUUUGAUACCCCGGACCCGGAGAGGGAUUGCAGCUUGUUGGAAGAGGAUGUUUCUUGUCCAGUUACCCAUUUUGAUCACGUCACUUAUGCCUGUCACCAAAAAUCCACUCACCAGGUCAUGGGGUGGUAUGAGAAGAUGUUUGGUUUUCGGAGGUUUUUCAUUGUUAGAAAUGAAGAUGAGGAUGAAGGUUGUGUGAUACAUGAUAAGGGUAUUGGACUACGACUGGCUGCCAUGCAGUACUGGAAGUGCAGUGAAGUGGGCAUUGCUCUUCCCUUCAAGAACAAGAAAGAGCCCGAUUGCAAGUUUGUCAUCGCAGAGUCUCUACCUAAUCAGGGUUCCAACCAGGUGGAUACCUUCUUAGAGCAGCACAACGGCCCGGGGAUCCAGCACAUUGCGUUGUACACCAAAAACAUCGUCUCUACUACACAUACACUGGCUGAAGCUGGUGUGCAGUUUUUCUCUCCUCCUCCUGCCUACUACACAGAGGUGGGAAAACGGCAGGAAAUAGAGGAAGUGGGACACACCCCCCAGAUGCUGGCACAGCAUGGCAUUCUCCUGGAUGCAGACGUGAACCAGGAUCUCUCAUCACAAAAUGGGAACACUGAAAACAAAAAAUACCUUCUCCAGGUGUUCACCAAGCCCAUAUUCAAUGAGGACACCUUCUUCCUGGAACUCAUAGAGCGAAAAGGGGCAACAGGUUUCGGCGAGGGGAACAUCAAAGCGCUGUGGAAGUGCGUGGAGGCGUACAUGGAGAAUGAGAGGCAGGAUUCACAAAGGGCGGGAGCCCCAAAAACUGUACGAACUGCUCAGUACUAAUCAGAUUCAGAUUUCUUUAAUUGUCUUGCAACAAGUACAACAAAAGUAAGGUGCAGGCCUUUCUGUGCUAUAUAAUAGCAUAACUCUAAAAUGUA